CCAGCUUGUCGUGCCUGCUGUGAUGGGCGUCGCGUGCAGCGAGAUCAGCUGUGGGCCUGACAUGGCACGGAUGGAGACUGAGAACAACGGGAAGCCCCUGCUGGUCCGUGAGGAGUCAUCUCUUAAUAUUCCAGCUGUUGGUGCUGCCCAUGUUCUCAAGAGAUACGUUGCCCAGGCACCGGAUGAACUCUCCUUGGAGGUGGGAGACCUCGUGUGCGUCAUCGAGAUGCCGCCUCAGGAGCUGAGCCCCCGCUGGAGAGGCAAGCACGGCUUUCAGGUUGGAUUUUUCCCUGGUGAGUGUGUGGAGCUCAUUAACGGAAAAAUCCCGGAGUCUCUCAUCAAUUCAGUGCCAAAGCCAGUGCCAAAGAAGCGCGGCAAGCUCCUCACCUUCCUUCGUUCCGUCGUGAAGGCCCGCCCAAAGCAACGGAAAGAGCGGGAGGUGGAGAAGGAGAGGGUGUUUGGCCGUGACCUGGGAGAGCAUCUUCUCCACUCUGGUCGUGAUGUCCCCCAGGUCCUCCAGAGCUGCGCCGAGUUCAUCGAGCAGCAUGGCGUGGUGCAGGGGAUAUACCGCCUGUCCGGCGUGGCGUCCAACGUCCAGAGACUGCGCCAGGAAUUUGAGUCUGAGCAGGUUCCUGAGCUAACCGUCCGCGACGUUCACAGCGCGAGCUCCCUCUGCAAAAUGUACUUCAGGGAGCUCCCGACCCCCCUGCUGACCGACCAGCUGUACGACAAGUUCUCGGAUGCUGUUGGUGCCACUACAGAGGAGGAGCGGCUGGUCAGAAUGCGGGACACCAUCCAGCAGCUGCCCGCUCCUCACUACAGGACCCUGGUGUUCCUGAUGAGACACUUGGCCAGUCUAUCUGCGAACAGCUCUGUCACCAACAUGCACGCUAAGAACUUAGCCAUUGUGUGGGCUCCAAACCUCCUAAGAUCACAGCAGAGCGAGUCUGCCUGCGCCAGCGGGAGAGCUGCCUGCACGGAACUGCAGACGCAGUCGGCUGUGGUGGAAUUCAUCAUCGACCACACAGACGUCCUCUUCUGCUCCACAUCUGGACCUGACAUCGCAGAUGGAGCAGGGCACAGUUCUCUCUCAGGGCCCCAGUCUGUGCGGGCGUCUUCUGCUGCCACAGAGCUGCUCAGCCUGGAGGAGGCGCAGGCACGGAGGCGAGGCCACAGCAGCUCUCCUGUCACUGUGGCAUAG